AUGCGUGAGGAUCCGGUGGCCAUGCUGAUCGAGGCAAAGAGUCAAUGCUUAUUGGAGAGUUUUGCAAACUCGCAUCAUCCCACCUAUGGGCUCGGGACAAUGACCGGCAACAUCUACGAUACCGCAUGGAUCUCGCUGGUGAAAAAGGCGAUUGAGGGAGGCACGCCAACCUGGGCAUUUCCCGCCGCUUUUUCGACUCUCCUGCGGCUCCAAAAGCCCGAUGGUGGUUGGGGUCAUUCCGAUUCCGGGUUGGAUACCAUAGCCAACACUCUGGCGGCUCUUCUUGCCCUGCAAAGACACGCUGCAGAUCCAGGGGAGGUCGACGCGCAGGAGCUCAACUCUCGAAUUUUUGAAGCAAAACAGUUUCUCGAUACGGCUUUGAAGGAUCUUAAUGACUUACUAGUUACAAGUAUUCUACCCGUGAGCCUGGAACUGCGCGUCCCAGCCAUGCUGGAGCUGCUGGAGGCAGAGGGACACACAUUUGACUUUGACCGGACCAACCUGACGAGGCUGCAAAAGAAGAAACUGUCCAAGAUCAAUCUGGACCUCAUCUUCAGUGGCCCGCAGUCCUCGCUUCUGCACUCGUUGGAGGCUCUGGUCGGAAAGAUUGACUUCGGCGGGUUAGCACAGCACAAGGUCCUCGGCAGCAUGCUGGGCUCGCCAUCUGCGACAGCGGCAUAUCUGAUGUAUAGCCCCGUGUGGGAUGACGAGGCCGAGGACUAUAUCCGGAGCGCGAUCUUGAACGGCGCUGGUCUGGGAUCGGGGCUAGUGGCAGCUGGAUAUCCGACCACAGUAUUUGAGUGGGCGUGGGUGACCACGAAUCUGCUUCGCAACGGGAUUCAACCAAAGUUCGAUCUACUGCAGACGGGUGAGCCGAUUGAGGCAGAAGUCAAGCAGCAUGGACUCGUAGGCUUCGUACCCAAGGCAUGCCCUGAUGCCGAUGACACUGCUAAGGCCUUGGUAGCUCUGAUGCUCCAAGGCAAACGCUACUCGCCACAAGUGAUGGUUGAUCGCUUUGAGCGUGAAGAUCAUUUCGCAACGUACUCUUACGAGACGCAUAAGAGCAUCAGCACAAACGCCAACGUCCUCAGCGCUCUGGUGCUGCUCUCCACCGACGACCGCUACCAGGCCCAGAUUGAGAAGUGUGUUCGCUACCUGUGCGAAGAAUGGUUCAAGUGCGAUCGAAUGCCUCGGGACAAAUGGAACAUCUCGUCAUACUACCCCACAAUGCUAAUGUGCGAAGCCCUGAUAUCCUACCUUCACCGCUGGAGUGCUGGCGACCUAGUCGCAUUGUCUGAUGAUUUGAUGAGAUUCCAAAUCCCAAUCACGCUGUUCCAGGCUCUCAUCCGAACGAUCCGCACUCAAAAGGAGAACGGUUCCUGGGGAAGCGCAGGUUCUGCGGAAGAGACGGCAUAUGCUCUCCUUAUACUGAAAAGUGCGACAUCUUUUAGUUAUACUGAGAAAAUCGCCAGCGAGGUUAACGAUGCCGUCAGACGAGGCAUCGAGUUUAUCCUUUCCAGAGACGAACGCUCUUCGACCGACGACCAGCUGUGGUUAGACAAGACCUUGUACGCCAUUCCAACGGUGUCUGACUCGUACAUCAUGGCGGCUGUGACGGCUGGGGAGACUGCGACUCCUGGUAACGAAGUCGCCGUAAUACCAUCCAUGCUCGUUGAGAUACCGGCUGCCACGAUUCGCAAAAUGGCCGGAUUCUUCGCGCGAUUGCCGUCGCAGAGUAAAACCCCAAAGUGGGUGGUCGAAGCGUCGGUUGUCGAGGCUCUUCUAUUCAGCUACAAGCUGAAGCACCUAGAUGUCUUCUCCACUGGGAAAGCGCUUGGCGAGAAAUACAUCAAAUUCGCUGCCUGCUUUUGGACCCUGGCCAACAACUCCCGCCCUGAGUAUCUGUUGAGUACCCGCAUAGUCUAUAGCAUGGUCGAACUCUCUGUUGGGAUCUUCCAGGAGGACGACUUGAUGGAAAGGGAUCUGAUGGCUCUACCUGAUUCGGCCUCUGAGGCCAUAGCCGACUACAUUGAGCAGUUGCGUCACAGCACAAAUGGUCUUUGUCGAGAUCACCCUUCUCAGGGGAGGCCCACCUGUGAAAGAAAUGGGGAGGCCAGAAGUGUACUCAGCAAUGUCCAACGCAACAUCGCUACCUGGAUCCGCUUUGUGCUGGAUGAGAACCUCGCCACCACCAAGCCAAGUCCUGCUGAUCGACGCGAUCUGCAAGAGGAACUUAGGAUGGCGACAAUUGCUGCCACACACCAAGCCAAAGGGCAUCGAUCGCUCCACAACAAUAUCACCAACGGUCAUACAAAAGAGCAUUCAGACAGCCCCGAAUGCGCCACCCCUGUCGGUAACGGCCAGUCCUUCUUCACCUGGCUUCACACCUCUGCUGUGCACGACGUCAAGAGUGCAGUGGUUUCCAAGUCCUUGAUUUGUAAGCUUGGAUCCGCAGAAAAGGGGGAUGUCUUCCCCACUGCCCGAGAAAAGUAUCUGGCCGAGAAGCUGUGGCGGCAGAUCUCGGUGGAGGGCAGGUUGUGGAAUGACCUGGGCAGUAUCGAACGUGACCGACGCGCCACGAACCUCAACUCGGUCGACUUUCCGGAGUUCUCGUCGCGGCAAAGUCUGGAGGCAGACGGAGAUGUGCGGACGCAGCUACGGCUGCUGGCGGAGUACGAACACGGUUGUACAGUGCGAUGCCUGGAGGACUUGGUGCAGAUUUUGGAGACAUCCGGUCGUCGGAAACUGUCGCUUUACCUGCAGAUGUACUACCUGUGUUGUGAGAUCUAUUCGGAGACAUGUGUGAUGUAUCAGUUUGGGUCUACCACGGCGAUGUGA